CCCACCCCCGAAUGGCAGGCCCCGGGGGUCGGGACGGGGCCGCCCAGGGCCUCUUCCCGGACCAGCUGCACCGGUGCAUCGCAAGGCUGGAGCUGGAGCGGGGGCCCGGGCCCGGCCCCGCCGCAGGUUCUGAUUUCACCUCCAGCUGCUGCCCCGCCACGACCAAUGGUGACUUCCAGCUCGGUUGUCCGGAAGAACUUGAAAAGAACAGUGCUGCCGCCAGGGAUCCCCUCACCCAGAGCGAUCCCCCUGCUCGGACCUCGGUGAGACCACAGACCCCAGCUGUCACCGGCGUCCUCGUCCCAGAGGGGGCCCGGCCCGGUCUGGGUGAAUGUGGGGCCUUGCAGCCUGGGGUGAGUGGUCUGCCUGGGGCAGGGGGCGGCCUCAAAGAGGUGGCUGUCUCAAAUCAGAAGAAGAAGAAGAAAAAGAAGAAGAAGGAGGAGGUGGGGCGACCGCAGCCCCAGCAGCCCCAGCAGUCACGGCAGCCCCAGAAGCCCCAGCAAUCACGGCAGCCGCCCCAGCCGCAUCAGCUGGGUAGUCCUGGGAGACCAGCAAAGCAGCCCAGCCAUGGGGAGCCAAGCUUGGAGACAGCACCCCCUCCACAGUGUCCAGACCCUCAGGUACAGCUGGAGGAGCAGCUGCAGAGGGAGGUGGACUGGUGUGUGGAGCAGCUGGAACUGGGACUGAGGAAUCAGAAAUCGACUCCAAAGCAAACUGAGGACGCCCGGCGCGCGCUGCACAUUCUGCGCAGUGACAAGGCUGUGCUGGCCCGGAAGCGGCAGCUGAUGCGCUCGCUGUUCGGCGACUACCGGGCCAAGAUGGAGGCGGAGCGGAGGCGGCAGCUGCAGCUGAUGCAGGCUGCAACCAAGUCAGCCCGGGUGCUGGCAGUGGACACGGCUGCCCGAAGGAGGAGCGGCCAGGUGUGCCGGCGACGAGGGGAACCCAGCGCCUGGAAACAUCAAGGCCCCGGCCCCAGAUGCCCCAUUGAAAUAUCUGUCUCCACCUCACCGGAUGAGUUUUGUUUCAACUUCUUCUAGUUGGCAGCAUGGACUGUCUACCCGAGGGCUCAGCCCACUGAGCGUUGGGGCGGAGAGGAUCAGGUUCGGAGCCCGGCCCUGCUCAGCCGUGAUCUGACAAGGAACCGCCACAUUGACCAUCGGAUUGACUGCAAGCUUGGAGUCCUGCGAGGGAAGAUCUCCACCCUACAGCCUGGGGCUGGGAGCUGGACUCAUGAAUUCCCUUGCAGCUGCCUCUCUGGGCACUGCCUAUCCCUGUUGUGCCUCAGUUUCCCCAGUGGUGUGUGCCUCUCUCUGGGGGGCUGCUCAGUAAAAGCCACUGUGAGACUUGG